GCGGCCGUCACCAAGAAGGUCUUGACGAAGCAUUCCCACCGAUGUCACUUGCAAGAGUGUAUACCAACGCAUGUAGCUCGCAGCCGCAAGAGUACUGGGACUACGAGAGGUAUGACGUGACCUGGGGCCAUCAGGACGCGUUCGAGGUGUGUCGAAAGGUGGAUCGAGGCAAGUACAGUGAAGUGUUUGAAGGCGUCCACGUCGCGAGCGGGAGUCGGUGCUGCAUAAAGGUUCUCAAGCCCGUGAAGAAGAAGAAGAUCAAGCGCGAGAUUAAGAUCCUACAGAACCUGCGGGGCGGCCCCAACAUCGUGCAGUUCGUCGAUGUAGUUUUCGACGAGCAAUCCAAUACCCCGUCGCUUGUGUUCGAAUACAUCAACAACAAUAAUUACAAGACGCUGUACCCGACGCUCAAGGAUUUUGACGUUCGGUACUACAUGUACGACCUGUUGAAGGCGCUGAACUUUUGCCACUCCAAGGGCAUCAUGCACCGCGACAUCAAACCGCACAACGUCAUGAUCGACCACGAUAAACGUCAGCUACGGCUCAUCGACUUUGGACUUGCCGAGUUUUACCAUCCCAACCAGGAGUACAACGUCCGUGUGGCGUCGCGAUACUACAAAAGCCCGGAGCUGCUCGUGGGCAUGCAGCUGUACGACUACUCGCUCGACAUGUGGAGCGUCGGGUGUGUCCUAGCAGGAAUGCUCUUCCAAAAGGAUCCCUUCUUUCAGGGCACCGACAAUUGCGACCAGCUCGUCAAGAUAGCACAAGUCCUUGGCUCGGACGCGUUGCAGGACUAUAUUUUCAAGUACAAGUUGGAGCUCGAUCCGCAGUACGACGAUCUCGUCGAUACAUACGUGAAGAAGCCGUGGGAACAAUUUAUAUCUCCUGCCAACAAGCACCUCGUGUCGACCGACGCGUUGGAAGUCUUGGAUGGUUGCUCCGCGUGGACCAUCAACAGCGCUUGACAGCCAAGGAAGCGAUGGCCCACUCGUACUUUCAAAGCGUUCGAGAAUACCACGACGAGGUGUCGGAACCGAUGGCCGAUAUCGCAGUGACAGAUAAAUAGCCCCAACACGUGGAGUCGUAACGUUGCCACUCAUGACGUGGCAUGCUGAGC